AUAAACAACCAAAAAUGCAGCGAAGUGUUAAAACCAAGGAUUAAUUUGUAUUUGCCUCUCGGUGAAAUACGGGAAUUUAAUGAAGGCAGAAGCGGCAGAAGCAUUUUGUACAUUAUUAUACUUUUUAAUACCUAUUUAAAAAAAAGAGUUUAUAAUGUAUAGUGCUAGAAUAAAUUAAAUGUAAAUAAAAUGGCAAUUGGAAGUGAAAAUGACAUAAAUUUAUCAAAUGAAAACUUCUUUAGUGAUAGCACAACAAAUUUAAAUAGUUCUGGGUGGUCAAAUCGAAGUCAUGUGGAAUUAAUUGCACCACCAGGUUAUACCGAGUCCACGAUCCCGGUUAUUUCCGUAUAUUGCGUUAUGUUGGUGAUUGCCUUGACAGGUAAUCUUUCUGUUGUCAUUACACUCUUCAGAACGCGACGACACCGUCGUUCCCGUGUAAGCUUGAUGAUAUUUCAUUUGGCUGUUGCAGACUUGAUGGUAGCCUGCAUUAUGAUACCACUUGAGAUUGGAUGGCGGAUUACAGUGGAAUGGUAUGCAGGGAAUAUCGCAUGCAAGAUUUUCUUAUUUCUGAGGGCUUUCUGUCUCUACCUCAGUUCCAACGUUCUUGUAUGCGUUUCCUUAGAUAGGUGCUUUGCCGUUGUUUAUCCUCUACGAGUGACAGAUGCACGAAAAAGAGGAAAAUGUAUGCUAGGUGUAGCCUGGCUUGUGGCAACUCUCUAUUCGAUUCCCCAAAGUAUAAUUUUUCAUGUGCAGCAACACCCAGAAAUUCCUGGUUUCUGGCAAUGUGUCUCUUUCGGUUCUUUCUCGACCCCACGAAUGGAAGCUGCCUACAAUCUCUUUUGCCUUACCGCCAUGUAUUUUGGCCCAUUGGCGGCAAUUAGCAUUGCAUAUACAGCAAUCGUCUGUGAAAUAUCUAAUCGAUCAGAUAGAUCCCGUGCCAAAGAUGAUGGAGGAGACCGGACGGCAUCUGGAGCUCUAAGAUUACGUUGUAAUGCUCUAACUCACAUUGAAAGGGCUCGACAAAGGACCUUUCGACUCACUAUCACAAUUGUCUUGGUUUUCAUAUGGUGCUGGACACCCUAUGCUGUAAUGACACUUUGGUAUACUAUUGAUAAAGAGAGUGCUGUUAAAGUAGACACGCACAUACAGGAUGGACUAUUCUUGAUGGCGGUUUCAAAUUCCUGUGUAAAUCCCUUAGUUUAUGGGUCAUACGCUAUUAAGACUUGUCGAUACCCAUGGACUUCACAUCGUACUAAUAACAUCCGACUCCUCGGUAACAGCCGACUCGGUCUCCAUAGAAGAUCCACAGGUACAUACACACGAACAUCCGCAGUUACAAGAUUCACAGUUGCACGAGAGAAUAUAGACCUUAUUAAAAAUACGAUCCCGGUACUUCCUCAAACCUUCAUCGACGACAGGUUAGAUCAGCAACACUAUCACCUUCAUUUCCACAAUACACGAACCGUGUCCUCGGUUCCUAGGGUUGAUAACAGCUCUUGUAAUGAGAUUGCAAACAUGCCAGACGAGUGUGUUCGUCAGAAGACACCGAGUAAUCGUAUUACCUUCCACUCAGAUCCAACACCUCACAUGCGAGACACAGUAGAAUCUUUCAACGAACUCACGCGAAGUUUGGACACAGGUGGAUGGCGUUAAAUUUUUCAUAUCACAGUGAAAACGUAUAAAUUGCUGUGAGUCUGUGAUAUUCUA